UCGUUGCUAUGGAGAGCAGUUCCACAGGAGCGCGAGCCGAACCAUCCUGAAAGAGAGAGAAGGCACGAGCGAGGAGAAAGGAGGACAUACUGAAAGUGCCGAAUCGCACAGACACACGGAGAAACCAUGGAGACUAGACCCACGAACCGGAGGACAGUACCUAAUAACGGAAUGCGACUUUUAACGUCCUUUUUCAUCCUGUGCGGAGCUGUCGUAGGUGUAAGCAGUAACCAGGUGGUCGUCCCUGACAAAGUGAACGCGGUGCUGGGAAAGAACAUCACGCUUGGCUGCAGGAUCCUGGUGGAGCCCAACCUGAGUCUGACGCAGAUCUCCUGGGAACGCCGUCUUCCGUCGGGUACCAUCACCUUGGCAGUGUUUAACCCCGAGUACGGAACCUCGUACGGCCAAGAAUACGGCAAACGCAUCUCGUUUGUUUCCCCGUCCAUACGGGACGCCACUAUCAUCAUCGAAGGAGUUGUUUUUUCUGAUAUCGGGUCAUACACCUGCAAAGUGGCGACUUUUCCUCUGGGCAACACGCAAGCGUCGACCUUUGUUAACGUUUCAGUGGAGCCCAAGGUGUACGUGUCUGCAGGCCCCGCGCCUCUUCUUGACGGCGGGGACGAGGCGCUGGUGGCUACCUGCAUCGCGGAGCGCGGGCGGCCCGCCGCUGAGGUGUUCUGGGAGGCCGAGCUGUACGGGCGAUCUGAGAAGCAAACUCAGGAGGAAGUCAACGGCACCACCACGGUGCGCGUCAACUACAUGUGGAAGCCCCAGAGCUACGCCCAGGGAAAGAUGCUCACCUGCGUGGUGCGCCACCCAACGCUGCAGACAGAGUUCCGCAUAGGCUACAAGCUAAAUGUGCAGUGUAAGUUGGAUGGAGCCAUGCCAGAGGGUGUUAAGAUUUCAAACAACAGCCUUUCUUUCACACGCCCGCUAGAGCGCAAUGAUUCUGCAAUCUAUUGCUGCGAGGUGACUAAUGACAUUGAUCGCAGCACUCACAAUGUCAACUUCUGGGUUCAAGAUCCCCCCCCCACCACCGCGGCCCCCAGCACCACCGCCUCCCCCAUCCGCUACGCGUCCGGAACCGGAACAGACGUGGACCGUCGCCGAGCCCUGUUCACCUCCCCCACCCUGGCCUCGGUCCAUGACAGCAGCCUGGGCACCAUAAUCGGCGGGGCAGUGGGCGGCAUUCUCUUCCUGGUCCUCCUGCUGAUCCUCGGGGGCGCUUGUUUUAUGCGCCAGCGCAGGACCUUCAGAGGGGACUACUACACCAAGCAGUACCUGGGACCCUCCGACAUGCAGAAGGAGUCUCAGCUAGACGUCCUACAGCCGCACGAGCUGCAGGAGGUUUACGGGGACAAGACGAGCAAGGGCAGCCAGGAGCUGAAGCCCAAACUGGGCGGGGACAUCAUUUACCCCGACUACACUCCGGAGCGCAAGGACAGGGAUGACUGGAACGACAGGGGGGACUGCCCCAGGGUCACCAAGGAGGGGAACUAUUACCCAGACCACUACAACAACCAAAACAUGCACCCCUGCGGGCCUCCCGUGCACAGCCCCAUUGUUAACAACGGCUCCCCCUACCUUCCGGAGGAUUGCUACGAAAACGGUACAGACAGCGACUACGUGUCGCACAUGGACGGAUCUGUGAUUUCACGCAGGGAGUGGUAUGUUUGAGGACAACUAGGGACAAAAUGGCAAACAUCCAAAUGAGAUUAAGUGAACAAGUGACAGACUUCAAAGGAUGCAUCGUUUUAUUUUAGAAGCAGAAAUGAAACUUCUAAGCUUUCACCUUGAGCUUCUUGAAUGGUUUUGCUCUGCCUUGAUUGUAACCACUUAACCUUAAGGAUGUUUUCUGGGGAUUGUACUUCCAAGUUUGUAGCGAUGAGCUGCAACGAAGCUGGAACGCCUCAAAAGAUAUGACCUGUUUUUGCUUUGGCCUACGGUGACGUGUCGAACCAAUGUGAACGAGGUUUUGUUGCCCUCUGGUUUGUGUUUGCACCUGUUUCGUACACGGUCGGCUGUUCCGCGCCCUCUUUGUCCAAGUAUUUAUUCCGCAGACCGAACGGGCUUUUCUCUCCUGAAGCCUCACAACUUCUGCCGCAUUUAGAAAAACUAUCUCAUGAGAGAUCGUUGUGCAUUUUCACACACAAGUGAAGAGUUUAUUAUGGCUGAAACCAGUAUUUAAAGCAAAUUAUAUUGCAUGCUUUCUAAAAAACAAAGGUAUCAUUAAGUGAAAGGGAAGUUUACGAGAUGAAAAGGGAGACUUGCUGGGGCGUCGUACAAAGGGUGAAGCAAAGCAAUGGAUCUCAGUAUGUAGCAGUGUAGGCAUGGGCCGGUAUGAGAAUCUCAGGGUUUCCUAACUGGAGGGGGAAAAAAUGGCACAACAUCAUGUUAUUUAUUCAGAAAAGUAAAUUAUAUGAUUGCUUUCAUUUAAAAACAAAAAGCAACAAUUUUUGUCAUUUUGUGGUGAAAAGAUAUCGUAAAGCUGCUCUAUGUAUCUUUUCUAUAAAAAUUUAUUUAAUUUUUUUUUUUACAUAUUUAUUCAAACUGUUACUUUUCGUGACAGUAUAACAUGAGACAGAUAAUCUUUGAAAAAUUCAGGCUCCUCCCAGUCGUCCUACUGCCCAAGCAAAGCAGCAUUUACACAAGGAUGAUUCACUGCGCCAAGACCCUCCUCCUGGCUCCGAUUGGCUGAGUGGGAGUGGUGUGUUUCUGCAGAUGGCUGUAAGACCACAAGGAGGAUGUGGAGGAGCUUGAUUUUUUCAUAGACUAUCUGUCUCAUAUUAUACUGUUAGAACACAGUAGCAGUUUUGACAAAUGUAAAAAAAAAACAUAUUUUUUAUGACAGUGACAUACUGCAGUUUUAAUACAAGAAGUGGGGCACUCAGUUUUUUUUAAGUGAGAGAAAAGCAUUAGAAAGUUUUUUAAUUGUUUUUCAGCUAGCUGACUGGUGGAACUUAGCAACAAGUGCAGGAGGGGCAACGCUAUGCUCUCUUUCUUUCUCGAGCAUCGUUUUGAAAAGGCUUUAAACAAUAGAUUUUUUGUGUCAUUUUAAAGUGGUUUUAGAACCCUGUUCCGCCCUGAUCGUGGUACCAGCCCAUGCCUAACACACACCCUGACUGAACAAUGUUUGGGAUCAUAACUCAGUCAUCAGCCGUUCACCAUGUCACCUACACACCUCAAGAUCAAGACACUGUGGAAAACACCUUUAUUCUGUCAGCUGCUCCCAAAACUUUAACACCCACAGUUGUCAUAACAGCAUUUUUUUUUUUUUUUGGUAGUGCUUUUGUUUUUUCUAGUUCAAAAGAAGUGUGCAAAGGACAUAGACUCAGGUUGCUCUUUGAAGCAGUUUAUUAAAAAUAAGUUCUGACACCAGAAUCUGACUUUAAGUCUGAGUCAGACGGCUGCAGGACUCAGUCAAAGCAUCUCAGCCUGUGGAGACGUGCAGCACGUCACUGGCAGCUCCUCCUCUUCCUCCAGCUGUUUCCUAUCGUUGUCGCUUCAUCGAAAAACUCAAACGGAUAAGCUGAUGAAAAAGCAAUGAUUGCAAGAGUCGACUGUGCCUGACUACAGAGAAUAAUCAAUUUUGUUUCAACCUUAACUCCGCCUGAACACUUAUCAGCUUGGGCUUUUUUUGUUGUUGUUGUUGUUGUUGGGAGUUUUUUCUACCUUGGAAAUCACAAGCACAUAUCUGCCAGAAGUUCUUGUUAUUUUGACUAAGUACAGAUGUGUAGCCAUGUCAAGGAGACAAAACAGUUUUGAUCUGGUUCUAAGAGUGGAGCAGGGGAAGACAAAUCUGUUAGUUAUUGUCUAUUUUUUCUUCAGUAUCCAUACUUUAGAAGUGCUUUAUUUGCUGAAAGUGUCAGUGAACUCAUUCAGACUAUUGUCUGGUUUUGAUCAUUUGCUCUCAGUAUUUUCAGCUGCCCCAAUAUUUUCAACGGACUCUCCUGUCAGGUGAACACUGACAUGGUUUAAAGUCUAGUGUAAUCUACAGAUUGUGUUUUUAAAACUUCCACAUGCCAAGAAGAUUUAGUUCACAUAAUAGUUUUCAAAAUACUUCCUUGUUCCUCAAUCAUUAGUUAUCUAUGUUUGGGAUCAGUAGGGGUGUAACAUGUGAGAGAGCUACAAUAAUAUUAUACUAAGGAUGCACCAUAAAUCGGAACUAACAACGGUAAUCAGCCAUAACAAUGUUAUAAAUACUGGAUGUCGAUAUGGGCCCAAAUUGUUAUUUAUACUUGUGCAUCCCUUUAAAGACAGUUUACUAAAGAAUUUGAAAAUAAAAAUAAAAUAGUCAUAGACUUUUCUUUGGCAUCUUGAAUUAGUGCCUUUAACGGCAGUCUGUGAUCCUAUUCAAAAGAAUGUAAAUCCUUACAUUUAGGCUGAGACUUCCAGAAAACAUUUCCAAAUUCAACAUUUUCUAUAACAGAGGUUAAAAACUCCAAAGAACCAAUCAGAGCACCUGUUGUGUUUUCUCUUUAGCCGUCCUCCUAUCACUUUAAAAUGAUUUCCUGGUUCUUAUAACUCUGUUCUGCCGCUGUCUUCACUUUUAAACACCUCGCUGAUGCUGAAAAUAGCUUCCUAGCUCUUCCUCACCCACUAACAACUUCCACACUAAAGAGUGUUGUCAACACAAAAUGAUAGCAUCUAAGCUCACCCAUCGAAAAACACUGUUUUUCUUUUGAAAGUCGGCUGAUCACAUUCAAGGAGAAAACUAUGUCAUUCUGGGAACCAGCAAAUCUUUCUUUGCAAACUGAUGAAAUGAGGCUUGAUUAUAUGUAAGGAUCUGGUAAUAAGACUUCAGAUCUGAAUCCAAAUCACUAAAGCCAAAUCCAAACUAUUACACAGCGGUGGCUGUUAUAGAAACACCAUCAAUCUCAAGUUGUGUAAAACUGAGGUUUGAUAGUAACUGAAACCAAAUUGACUGAUAUGGCUAUUGACAUAAGAUCAUGCAGUCAUAAAAAAGUGCAGCUCUGUUAUUAAACUUCUCAGUAAGUUUCAGAACCGCCCCUGUUUCCCUGCUGAGGCCUGAUACCAGGCUACGCUGCUGUCUUUUACGUUUUCCCUCCUAAAUAUUUUCUGAUUUCUGUCUCUAAGACCAAUUGGACAUUAAAGUUUUUUUUUUCUUUCUUUUUUUUUUUUUUUUACAACUGCAGAUCAAAGGAAUCUGUUAUAAAUACCAGAUGCGAGCGGUACGGCUGUCAUCAUCUGACAUUAUGUGGGCUGCGUAAACCACCAGCAGUUUGACUGCUGCUGCUCCUCAUUCUGCCGUCGAGGUUCAGGAUCUCCAACUUGCAACAAAAAGAGAGGCAGAAGUGCCAAACGGAUCCCUGUGUUUUUAGCUUUUUUUGAAAAUAGGAUUAUUGAGAUGUGAGAAGCUGACAUCACUGCAGAGCAUACUUUAAUGUUGGGGUUUGGCUCCUCUUGAGGAUGUGGAGCGGCCAUGGAAACAAGAAACUUAAUCUGUGAGUAAAAAAAAGAGAAAUAUGAACCGUGGAGGUCAGGGAUGGAUGUGUAACGGCUCCCUGUGGAAGAGAUACAUGUUUCUUUCUUUCCCCACAAGCAGCAUUGCUUGUGAAACUAAGUUGAAACAAGAGCUGACAUCAUCAGCGAUCUCAUCUUUUCCUGCUUGGUUUGUCCCAACACUUUUCCACUCAAAGCUUUAGCUCUGUUUCCUCAGGAUUGAUACAGAGAUCAGAGUGGCCUUUGCUAAGUUUCACCGCAACCAAAAAGAAAGGAAAGUCUUUCUUUUGCCAAACAAGUGUUUCUCAAGUGUUGGUAUCAGACAAACAUGGCAAGAUCAAAACACAGCUAUCCAAAACAAUCUGGUUCUUUCUGUCAAUGACAUUUCAUCCUUUGUUAAGUCACAAAUUGCCUGCCAGAGCUGCAGAAUCGUGAAAUCACUUUAAUAGAACUUGUUUGACAACAUGAACUAGUCUAAAAUUGAAUGAACAUCUACUAGUUAGAAACAAUUUCACUGAGAUCUAUCAGCCCUGAAAAACUUCCAGUCAUGUCUGAGGCUUUGGGACUCCAGCUAACUGUGCUAUCAUAUAUGGAGGUGACAUGGAACAGUGGUGACCCUUCUAGAAUAACUUUAAAGCUAUCCAGGCCUCAGCUAACUCACUCAAUGUAAGAGUUCAUGAUUUCAUCAUAACAAUCAAACUGAGUAAAAAUGGCUUUCACAAGAGAGCUGAAAAGAACACUAAACCCUCUCACUUUAGAAGAAUAUUGUCACCUUCCUAAAUAAAGGUCUGUCAUUUUUUGACAAAAGUAUUUUUUUUUUUUGCCUAAAUUAUUUUUUGACAAAAUGAGGCAGUGAUUUGACUUAGGCCAUUAUUUUAGGAAGGUGACAAAAUGAUAAAACCAAAGAAAGACUUUUAGAAGGAUAUUCUGUGAACUGGCUAAAUAAAAGUGGAGCUUCGUGGAGGAUGUGUAUCCUGUUACUUCUGUUGUUAAACUAAUAAAAUACUUCAUAAAAACAACAAGCAGCCCUCAGAUGUUUGUAGUGUGACGUUCGGGUCCUGCCCUUGCUUCUUCAGGACCUGAAUGAUUUGCUGAGUUUGGUUGAACCAUGAACUUAGCACAACAGCUGAAGGAAAAUGUUCAGCUGACAGUUAGCGACCCUAAUAAUUAAUUGAGCCUUAUUCAGGUGAAAAAUAAAUUGGAAACUGAAUACAAAAACCACAAAAGCAAGUUCACCUCUAAAUGGCACAACUAAAAAAAGCAACAAAUCAAGUGAAGUCUUUGGAAUGCCCUGAUCAAAUUCUAGUCUUUAAUUCAAUUGAGAUGUUGUGAUAUUAACUUAAUUCUCCCGCAGUCUUAUGAGACAAGAUCCAUCAAACCCUGCAAGUUAUUUUUACCCUGUGCGCGGUUUGGCGGGGAAGCACUGAUCCUGGAUGCGCUUUUACAGGAUUUUACUCGUGUGGUUUCAGGAACUGACGAUCUGACCGGACAACCCUCCCCAACUCCUCACUGUCCGAUCGUGGCACACUCCUCCUGAGCAUGGCGCUAAGACUGCAGGAGGGACGAUUAAGUUGCCCAUUUGUGCUCUAACACCAUAUGAGGUGGCCAAGUUAAAAACAAAUCUGCAAAGAAGAGCGGACCAAAAUUACUCUAGAGGCGACGUGAAAGACUUACUGCUGGUUCCUGCCAACAGUUGUUGAAGCCAAAAGCAGCAAACCAGCUCUUAAGUUUAAUGGGCAAUUCCAAUUUCUGGUUUAAUAAAUAAAAUUCUUUGAAAUUAACAUUUUUUAUUAUUAUUAUUAUUGAGCUUAUCUUAGUCAGAUAUAAAAAUGUUUGAUUAAGACUUUUAAUUUGACCAAACAAAGCUAAAACCAGAAGGCAUACAUCAUAAUGGAUUCAGGUCGAGGCCUCUGUUUUUGUCAGGGGGGGGUUUGAAAGAUUUCCGGCGCACGUCUCCACCCCUGGUUUUCUCAUGGCACGGCUCCGGGUCGAAGGGUUUAGAUGUCUCAGAAUAAACUGCUUUAAUCUCGGCUCUCACUUGCGCCGUCGCCACACAUCUGCCACUGCGGCCCCACAUGGAAGGAGCUGUCCUCACCUCAAAACCUUCAGCUUUUUAAUCAGCUUUUAUACCCUCCAGCCUUGGUUUGGGUUUUAAAGCAACACUGAUUUAAUGGAUGAUUUUUAUUUUAAAUUAUGUUCUUGCUUUACCUUUUUUGUGUUUUUGGGUUUCUUGCUCACCAGCUGGUUGCGUGUGCAGCUAUUUGCUGCCAGUUCCAUCACUAAUGUUUAUAUUACAUGUACAUAUUAUGUCUAGUAUUAGCGUGGGAUUAGUUGUUCUCUGUCGUUCUGGGUUUGUUCUGGACUCCCCUACUGAAUAGCUGGUGCCUUAAAUGGGCUGAGCAAUGCACAGAAACUUUAAAAGCUGACAGAUACUGAAAGCAUUAAUGUAAAGAUUAUUAUUAUUAUUCAAAAAAGGGCAGAUGUGCCUUUUUUAAUACGUAUACCAACUUUCAUAUUUAAGAUUUGCUGUUGCCAAGGCAGCAGAGUUGACAAAAGGUUUAUUAUCAUGCCUUACAGAGUUUAAAAAGGACACAUGUAACAAGUUGGUUACUGGGAAAAUUGUAAUAAAGCAAUGUUUCACUGGGAAUUUUGGUGAGCCAGGUUCAUAGAAAAUAUUAUUUUCCUGUAAAUAUGCUGGCUUUUUUAUUAUUAUUAUUAUUAUUGAAGAAAAAUCUUAUUUUUUGUAUGAGGUCGGUAAUUUUCACGGACUAUUAGUUAUCUUACAAGCUUUCAGCGGGCUCCUGUCUCACAAUAAGGCAGAGACCCGGUUUUCACUGCAUUUUGUAUCGGUUUGCAAGAGUUGGUGACCAAUUAUUUUGUAUGGUGUUCUUUGAAUGAUUGAGGUCUCACAGGAAUCAGAGAUGAGCGGGUGGUAGAUUUUGUCUUCUGUUCUUUCGUUUGCAAUAAAAAUGUCAUCGUUUCA